UUUAUAAGUAUCCAACCAAUCCAUUCACCAUAUUUCCGCUCUUACCAUUUUCUCUCUCCUCCCUUUUUCUGUCAUAAUCUCUUCGUUUUCGAUCGAUCAAAGAAGAAUCAUCCAUGGCGGAAAAGCAUUUCAAAUAUGUCAUUCUCGGCGGCGGUGUCUCUGCUGGGUAUGCUGCUAGAGAGUUUUCGAAACACGGUCUUCAGCCAGGAGAACUAGCCCUCAUUUCUAAAGAAGCGGUUGCUCCUUAUGAACGUCCAGCACUCAGCAAGGCCUACCUCUUUCCAGAGGGUACUGCUAGACUUCCUGGUUUCCAUUGCUGUGUUGGAGGUGGAGGGGAGCGACUUCUUCCCGAGUGGUACAGUGAAAAAGGAAUUGAGCUGGUGUUGAGCACAGAAAUUGUCAAAGCUGAUCUAUUUUCGAAGUCGCUUACGAGUGCAGCCGGAGAGAUUUUCAAGUUUGACAAUUUAAUCAUAGCGACUGGUUCUACAGUUAUAAAAUUGACUGAUUUUGGCGUAAAAGGAGCUGAUGCAAAGAAUAUCUUCUAUCUCAGAGAGAUUGAUGAUGCUGACAAGCUUGUCGAAGUAAUUAAAGCUAAGAAGAAUGGAAAAGCUGUUGUGGUUGGUGGAGGUUACAUCGGUCUGGAGCUUAGUGCAGCACUGAAAAUCAACGAUUUGGAUGUCAACAUGGUUUACCCAGAACCCUGGUGCAUGCCGCGUCUCUUUACUGCUGAUAUAGCCAAGUUUUAUGAGGGCUACUACACCAACAAGGGAAUCAAUAUUAUUAAAGGAACAGUAGCAGUUGGAUUUGGUUCCAAUGAUAAUGGAGAGGUGAAGGAAGUACAUCUAAAGGAUGGGAGGGUGCUCGAAGCUGAUAUUGUGGUUGUUGGUGUUGGUGGAAGACCUCUAACUACGCUGUUCAAGGGGCAAGUUGAUGAGGAGAAAGGAGGAAUUAAGACUGAUGCCUUCUUUAAAACAAGUGUCCCAGAUGUGUAUGCUGUUGGUGAUGUUGCCACCUUCCCAAUGAAACUGUAUGGUGACAUUAGAAGGGUUGAACAUGUUGAUCAUGCCCGUAAAUCUGCUGAGCAGGCUGUUAAGGCCAUCAAAGCUAGUGAGGAGGGGAAGUCAAUUGAAGAAUAUGAUUAUUUACCAUACUUCUAUUCUCGCUCGUUUGAUCUAUCAUGGCAAUUUUAUGGUGAUAAUGUAGGAGAGACUGUUGUCUUUGGUGAUAAUGACCCGGCAUCAUCACCCCACAAGUUUGGUACAUACUGGGUAAAAGAUGGAAAGGUUAUUGGAGCAUUCCUUGAAAGUGGAACUCCAGAGGAAAACAAGGCCAUUGCUAAGGUUGCUAGAGUGCAGCCUGCAGCUGAGAGCUUGAAUCAGCUGUCAAAGGAAGGCCUUGGUUUCGCCUCUAAGAUCUGAACAAACUGAAAAUGUUUGUACUUCAUUGUGGUAGUUGUGUUCAUAUUGACAUCUCCAUUGCUAGGGAAACACUUCAUUUUUUGUGAUUACUCUAGGAGAUAUGCUGCUUAAUAAGUUUUGAUUCCUUCUCAUCUUUGAGUUGUUCCACUUGUUUGUGCAUUUUCUGCGUGCCAGUGAGAAUUCAUAUUGAGUAUUGAGAAUAAAUUGCAGUUUUAGAUGAUUUUUUUUAAA